UCGAAAUGUCCGCCAACCUUCUCGGUCUGGCCCUAGCCGCCCUCGCCAUCGCUGCGGGCGCGCAGGCCGAUACGACCCGCACGCUCUCAGCGUCGUACUGCUCAGCGUACCCCGUCAGCACCACUGGCACGGGCAUCGCGACUGGCGUGCAGUACACCCAGGAAUGCGAGCCGAUGGUUUACGUCGAGUCGUCGGGCAAGAAUCUCAGCCCAGCUGCCAUCGGCGCCAUCGUUGGCAUCGUAGUCGGAAGCAUCUGGCUCUUUGCGAUGAUUGCGUGGAUUAUAAUCCUCGUGCGUCGGCGACGUGCCCAUCGCGCGUCUCCUCCCGCGGACAAGCCCCCCGUAUACGAGUUCUCCGCGGAUGGGAAUGCUCUUGGGAACGUCGCGGAGAAGAAGAAGAAGUGGGAACUUGAAGACGCCUGA